CUAGCGUGGCUUACAUGUGCACCACCCACUAUAUGGGAUGUAUCGGGUGGUGUGCAUCGAGGCGCACGCCUGCCCCUUGGUGGCUGAACGAGCAUGGGCUCGCAGUUGGCUGACGAGUGUGGUGUCUGCGGCCAUGGAUGAUUAUGAGGCCUGCACUGGAGAUGUGUGCUGGCUGCUGGAUCCCAGCCUGAUGGCCCGAAGUGGGCUCAGUCUCGGUCUGUGACCUCCAGCCAUGGCACUUGAGACAACAGAGCUUCCUACUCACAAGUGGAGCUCCAGCGAGGCGGAGGGGAAAGCUCACUCUAAUGCUGUCUCUCCCUGCUGCAGCCCAGAGGGGGUGGAGGCAGGCAGCCAUGACAGUCUCCUACACGCUGAAGGUGGCCAACGCCCAGUUUGGGGGCUUCUCCAAGCUGCUCUUCAGGUGGAAGGGGAGCAUCUACAAACUGCUCUACAAGGAGUUCUUUGUCUUUGUCAUGCUGUACGCGAUGCUGAGCAUCACUUACCGGCGGCUGCUGACUGAAGAGCAGAAGCGGGUCUAUGUGAAAGUGGCUCAGUACUGCAACCGCUCCACGGACCAUCCCAUGUCCUUCGUCUUGGGUUUUUACGUCACGCUGAUCGUGAACCGGUGGUGGGCUCAGUACACUAGCAUCCCGCUGCCUGACCAGCUGAUGUGCGUCAUCUCCAGCACCGUCCAUGGGAAGGAUGAAAAGGGGAGGAUCCUGCGGCGCUCGCUCAUCCGUUACGCCAACUUAUCCUCCGUGCUCAUCCUGCGCUCUGUCAGCACCAGGGUGCUCAAGAGGUUUCCAACCAUGGACCAUUUGGUAGAAGCAGGCUUCAUGACACAGGAAGAGCGCAAGAAGUUUGAGAGCCUCCACUCGGACUUUAACAAGUACUGGAUCCCCUGCGUGUGGUUCACCAACCUGGCUGCCCAGGCGAGGCGAGAUGGGCGGGUCAGGGAUGACGUGGCCCUCCGCUUACUCAUAGAUGAGCUGAAUCUGUACCGUGCCAAAUGCAGCAUGUUGUUCCACUAUGAUUGGAUCAGCAUCCCACUGGUGUACACACAGGUAGUCACAAUCGCUGUCUAUUCCUUCUUCGCCUUCUGUGUGAUCGGGCGGCAGUUUCUGGAGCCCCUGGACCCAGAGCAAGAUCAGGACCAGGAUCUGGAUCUGUACGUCCCUCUGACCACCCUCCUGCAGUUCUUCUUCUAUGCCGGCUGGCUGAAGGUCGCAGAACAGAUCAUUAACCCAUUUGGAGAGGACGACGAUGACUUUGAAACUAACAAGCUGAUCGACAGGAACUUGCAGGUGUCCCUGCUCUCCGUAGAUGACAUGUACCAGAACCUGCCUCUAACAGGGAAGGACAAAUACUGGAAUGAAUCCACAGCUCAGCCACCUUACACCAUCGCCACAGCUGCCGAGACCUUGAAGCCCUCCUUCCUGGGAUCCACCUUCGAUAUGCGGAUGAGUGAUGACCCGGAGCAAAGCCAGCAGGAGGCCUCACCCAGCCUGCCCCGCAUGCACACACCCUUGCUCAACCGCUUCCUGACUGCAGCCGCCUCCCCCGCUGUCAGCCUGAAGAAUUUCGGGAGGAGCAACCGGGCCCACCACCACCUUUUGCGCCUAGGGGAGGGCGGCUUCCCCUCUCCCAACCCCCGCUGCGGCGAGGGCCCCGAAUUAGUGGGCCGCAUCGAGGAGGAAGAGACAGAAGAUGAGGCCAGCGAGCCCCCCACGCCUGGCACCCGCCUCAAGGCACCCAACCGGCUGGAAGCCUCACAGGGGCCGCGGAAGGAGAACCAGAUCCGAGUGAGGCAGCCCUCCGACGAGAGCAUCGACAUUGACCAGUCGGCUGCCUAGAGGCAGCAAGCUCAGCAUGCCGUGUCACGCCACUCUCAGUGCGAGCUGCGCCCCCGGGCCCUGUCCUCUAGGCCUGGCAGCUCAUGUGAUGGUGCCGCCAGCUAAGGGCCUGAUCCAAAACCCACUGAAACGAAGGGAAAGACUCCCCCCGGCUCAGUAGGCAUUGGAGCAGGCCCCUAGGGCCGGAAGCCAGA